AUGAUAUCAGAAAACUAUGCGGGGGCCGGGCCCAGCAGGGCCGGCCCCGAAAAAAACUGCGUCAAUCUCGACGGCGCCGCCGGCCAGCACGACGCGGACGCCAGCGCGCCCACCGACGCCGGCGGCCCCGGCGACGCCCGCAGCCCGCGCGCGCUCGCGCACAACAUCAGCAUCAACGUAACGGACGCCGACUCGCCCCCCGGUGUGCGCCGCCGCAUACACCUGCGCUCGCUCAGCGACGUCACGCCGGCCGCGCGUUCACCCGUCGCGCGCGCGCGCUCUCACUCCGAGCGGCCGCGCGCCUCGCCCGCGCCGUCGCCCGCCGCCUCGCCCGCGCCGUCGCCGCGCCGCCCGCCCGCCGGCCUGACACCCGCGCCGCUGCCGCGCGCCGUGCGCAGCGAGCGCUCGUCGCCCGACGCGUCGCUGCACGCGCUGGCGGACGAAGCGCGCGGCCGGCCCGAGCUGGACCCGUGGCGCAAGAUGAGCGAGCUGGACCUGGGCCGCGCGGGGCGGCAGGCACGCGCCGCGCUAGACCCGUGGGUGCGCAAGCCGGCGCGGCGCGCGGCGUCGCGCGACUCGGUGGGCGACGGCGCGCGCGUGCGUCGCGGGCGGCUGGAGCGCGCGGGCGGCGUGUGCGACGCGUGCGGCGGCGCGCCGUGCGAGUGCUGGCGCAGCGCGUGCACGUGCUCGCCGCGCGCGUCGCCGGCGCGCCUGCAGCCGCGCGGACCGCCGCGCGCGCACUCGCACGACGAGGGCCGGCCGCGGCGCCUGUACAAGUCGUCGUCGCAACGCGCACUGGCAGUGCCUCGCGCGCCCGACGCGCCGGACCCGCUGUUGGAGACUACGUGCUGA